UUUGUUAUUUCUUCAUGAUUUCUUGCUUCUUGUUUGGCCCUUUGAAAUUCGACUUUGAGCGGCAGCCCACAGUCAUCCACGAAUGGCAGAAAUUCUCAAUUCUGCAGCUGCAAGAAUCCUCCAUUCCUUAACUACUCGCUGCAAAACUCCGCCGCACCUCUCCCAGAUUCUAGCGCAGCUGGUCGUCCACAAUCUCACCGCUAACACCACUGUCGCCGCCGCCUUCAUCUCCUCCUGCCGCUCACUCAACCUCCUCACCUCCGCCGCCUUCCCCCUCUUCAUAAACAACCACACCAGGCCCCACACCUUCGUCUGCAACACUCUUCUCAGAGCCUUCUCUCAUUCCAAUGCUCCUCACACUUCUCCAAUUAUCUACUCCCACAUGCACACCAACUUCAUACGCGCGAAUCACUACACUUUCCCUUUCGUGCUGAAAGCCGCCGCAGAUUUGAAGUUGAUUAAAGGAGGGGCAGCGGUGCAUGGACAGAUUAUCAGAUUAGGUUUUCUGAGUGAUCUGUACGUUGGGAAUUCUUUGUUGAAUUUGUACGCUGCGGGUGGAGAUAUGGCGCUUUGUCGAAAAGUGUUCGAUGAAAUGCCUGUGAGAGAUGUGGUGUCGUGGACUGUCGUGAUCUCGGGGUUUAAGGAUUAUGGGAGGUUUAAUGAUGCGUUGUUAGCAUUUGAGACGAUGAGAAGCGAAGGCGUGAUGCCUAACCAGGUGACUGCGGUGAAUGCCUUGGCUGCCUGCGCAGGCUUUGGGGCGUUGCAUACGGGCGUGUGGAUCCACGAUUACGUGAAAAGGCACGAGUGGGAAUUGGAUGUUAUUCUUGGUACUUCAUUGAUUGAGAUGUAUGGGAGAUGCGGGAGGAUUGAGGAAGGGUUGCGCAUUUUCGAGGAGAUGAGUGAGAAGAAUGUAUUCACUUGGAAUGCUGUUAUCAGAGGGCAAGCGCUGUCCAAUAAUGGGAAAGAAGCAUUGUGGUGGUUCUUGAAAAUGGAAGGCGAAGGGAUUCAACCUAAUGCUGCUACUUUAACUACAGUGCUUAGUGCUUGUGUAAAUAUAGGAGAUGUGGAUAUGGGGCGACGUAUAUUUUCUUCGUUAGUUGAUGGGAAGUAUGGAGUUCCACCUAGUGUGGAGCACUAUAGCUGUAUGGUUAAUCUGUUGGCGCGUGGUAAGUUUUUGAAUGAGGCGUGUAGGUUGAUGUAUGAGAUGCCGUUUGAACCUUCUGUGAGUACUUGGGGAGCUCUGGCUGAUGGCUGCAGAGCUCAUGGUGCCUUUGAGUUGGCUGAAUUUUCUGCAUGGAAACUCGUGGAGUUGCAACCUGAGUGCAGUGCGUAUUAUGUUGCGUUGUCUAAUUUGUAUGCAGAGAAGGGGAGAUGGAAUGAUGUGAUGAAAGUGCGAGAGUUGAUGGCUGAUAGAGGACUUAAGAAGGAUAUGGGCAGCAGCACGGUCAAAAUUCAGGAUUCGAAGCAUCCCCUUGAGUUGGCAGCCUGAUGUUUUGCUUCAACACUGUUUUCUGGUAAGGAGGAACGCUGCAGCUACAUUGUAAAUAUGAUUGCUAGGUUAUGUUCUUUAGUCGUGUUGAGGCAUUGAUUCUAGAUUAUGAAUUCUUGAAUACUUUAGUGUAGUGAAUAUCUUAAAAAUGAAGCUUCUACAUUGAUUUUUUCCAUAGAAAUCCUUCAACCACUUUAGGAUUCAUCUCUUGUAUCCUUUGCAAAUUCAUAUAGUUAUUCACAGUUGCUCCAUGUAGUAAAUCAAUCAAUCAAUCAAUCUUAUGAAUUGUGAUCU